AUGUCGCCCUCAAAGACCCACCAUUACCCAAUGCGGUCCCCAAACAAAACCCAUCCAUACCAGGCCAUGUCGCCCACCAAGACCCACACUUACCCAACGCGGUCCCCAAACAAAACCCAUCCAUACCAGGCCAUGUCGCCCACCAAGACCCACACUUACCCAACGCGGUCCCCAAACAAAACCCAUCCAUACCAGGCCAUGUCGCCCACCAAGACCCACACUUACCAGACAAUGUCACCAACCAAAACGCACUCGUACCAGGCCAUGUCGCCCACCAAGACCCACACUUACCUGACACGGUCCCCAUCCAAGACCCAUCCUUACCAGGCGAUGUCACCCACCAAGAGCCAUGCGUACCAAUCUUACCCAUCAGGCACUCCACAUGCUCCCCAUGGCCGAAGGAGACCUCUGCCCCUCCAGCAUCUUGGGCGGGGGUCAUCGAAACUCCAAAGACCACAAGUGCCCUCACACAUCACAAGAACCACAGAUAUCACCGCAGACGCACCGGGCAGCGCGCGGUGUGUGGAGAGCAUUCCGCGCUCUAAUCCAAGCUGCAAACCGCGGCACAGUUGGAGGGAGACAGGGAGGGUGGGAGACUGGAAUAGAGGGAAGGGAGGGAGGCGUCCCGGCAGUAUUUGCAUAACGCAUGCCUCCGCUCGGUCAUACGGGAACACGCGACUGCAGGAACUGUCCCGUCGCCGCUAUUCUGUCUCUAAUCCAACACUUUCGCGAUCGACGUGUGGAGUACAGCGAGGACGUACGGAGGUGGACGUAAGCGGAGUGGGUCGCGCGGGGAAAGGACCGAAAAGCGCGCGCGAUUUGGCACAGUCCAGUGGAAACAUGUACUGCGCCUACCCCAUCCCGGGAAUGACCAGCAGCUCUCUCAUGUACUACUACAACGGGAAAGCGGUGUACGCUCCAUCUGCCAGUUCAGCCGACUACAACAGGGACUCGCCAGGAUAUCCCGGCUCUAAGCCUCCCAGCUCCAGCUUCCCAGGUUCUUUUUUUAUGCCAGAUGGUCACCAUACCAGUGACCCCUGGAACAGCAGCAGCAGCAGUAGCAGUGUGCCCCAACAUGGCAGUUACCAUGGAAACAUGCUUGGAGGUGGAUCCUCAGGCCACACCUCAUCCCAAAGCUCCUCCUACUGUGGGAUUCAUCCUCACGAGAGAUUGAGUUACCCCCCUCACUCGUCAGCAGAGCUCAGCUCCAGUCUACCCCCAAUGACCAGCUUCCAUAGAGGGAAUGGCCCCGGUUCAGGAGGCAGCCACUACAGUACCGCAGCCUGUAGCGCCAGCACCAACGGGACAGACUCCAGCAUGGUGACUCGGACCCAGAGCAGAGCAGCCAGCAGCUCUCAAACCGGAGAUGCCUUAGGGAAAGCACUUGCUUCAAUUUAUUCUCCAGACCACACAAACAACAGCUUCUCGUCAAACCAUUCCACACCAGUCGGAUCCCCGCCUACACUCACAGCGCCAAACUCAGCAGCGUGGUCCAGAAAUGGAGGACAAGGAGCUUCAUCGCCCAACUACGAUGCACCACUACACUCCCUGCAGGCACGUAUCGAGGACCGGCUGGAGCGGUUGGAUGAUGCGAUCCAUGUGCUGCGGAGCCAUGCGGUGGGCCCCUCUCCAGGCCUGAAUGCACACAGCGACGUGCACAGCCUGCUGGGUGUUCACAAUGGCAUCAUGGCCUCACUGGAAUCUGGAGGCUACAGUUCGGGCCUGCUGUCCGGCCGGCAUGCGCUCAUGGUGGGCUCUCACAGAGAAGACAGUGCUCAUCGAAAUAGUCACAUGACAAGUCAGCUGUCCAAUCAGACGGCCACCUCGCCAGAACUGAACCACAGUGAUCCCUACAGAGUGCUGUCCAGAGGAGUGCAGGGGCAGAGCGCGUCUUCAGUAAGCUCUGAAAUUAAAUCGGAAGAUGAGGUUGACGAGAACCUUCUGCAGGACUCCAAAGGGCUGGACCCCAAAGAGGAAGAUGAGGACGGGAAGGAGCUAAAGGCUUUAGAAAGCAACAAUGAUGAUGAAGACCUAACGCCGGAGCAGAAGAUGGAGCGUGAGCGGGAAAGGAGGAUGGCCAAUAAUGCCCGAGAGCGCUUACGAGUGCGCGACAUCAACGAGGCCUUCAAGGAACUGGGCCGGAUGGUGCAACUGCAUCUGAAGAGUGACAAGCCCCAGACCAAACUGCUGAUCCUGCACCAAGCCGUGGCUGUCAUCCUCAGCCUGGAGCAGCAGGUCCGAGAGAGAAACCUGAAUCCGAAGGCGGCGUGCUUGAAAAGACGUGAAGAAGAGAAGACGGCUCCAUGGGACACUUGUAAAACGAUGGAGGAGCUGCAAAGAAACUUCCUCCUGCCAUCUUCUUCAUUAAAACUCCAGACCCACAAGUCGCUUGGAACAGAAACGUCCUCUACCCUCUGUAGAAACGUCCUCUACCCUCUGUAG